AUGGGUAUGUGCAACUACCACAGACUGGGACCCAAUGGAGUGGCAGAGAUCACCAUGCAUGUGCUAGAAGGCCAAAUUCUCUUGACCCAGGAAGCCAUCAACACCCUGGGAUUGGGGCACACCAAAUUGGACAAUUACAAGGUCAAUGCCCUCAAGCAAUCUGACAGAGAUUGCAAGACACCACCAACACUGAGGAUGACAAAUUUGGACCCCAUCUCUAUGGGAAUGCACAACCAGGGUGCCACUCACGUCAGUGCCUCUCAGAGGUGUAAGUGGAUCACCAACUUUAACAAUGUCAAGGUGAUGAAAAAAAUUGGAAAAGGCACAUUGGGCACCAUCUACACCACCAAGGUCAAGGCAUAUGGCAACAGUGAAUUGGCCAUCAAGCACUUCAACAAGCAGUCAGCUCUGGGUGAGAACACGCUCUUGAAGAUCUUUCAGGAGAGCACCAACCUCACCAACCUCCAACACACCAACAUUCUGAUCUUUUCAGUUGCACACAUGCACUGA